AAAAAGAAGUUGCGAAAUUACAGAAAACAUACAUACUUAUGUUUUGUUUUUUUGUUUUAUAGUGAUAAAGCUACGAAAAAAAAUGUUCGGGAUAUUAAAUAUUGUGGCCAAUAGAAAAAAAUAUGCCGAGAAUUUUAAAAUUGGUAAAUUUUUUAGCCAAGAAACCGGAAAGACUAUUCAUGGCCAUACUCCCAACAACCUGGAGAAACGUUUUUUGGUAUGGAGCGGGAAAUAUAAAUCCAUUGAAGAAGUACCAUCUUUCGUUAGUUAUGAUGUAAUGGAGCGUUCCCGUAAUAAGGUCCGAAUUCGGGUGGCAAAUAUCAUGAUUGCGCUUACGGUAUUGGGUUGCUGCCUUAUGGUUUACAGUGGUAAACAAGCUGCAAAAAGUGGCGAUUCUGUAGUCAAACAAAAUCUCGAUUGGCACAAAAAAUAUAAUGAAGAAUCAAAAAAAGCUUAGGUUUUCAGUAAUCAUGUUUUGUUUUAUGUAAUGAAAUAUAAUAAAUAAUCAAGUGUAAAUGUUUUAAAAUACAUACAUAUAUACACAAAGUAGUUAAUUAUUCUCUGUAAA